AUGUUCUUAAUAUUUUCGAGAACAAAAAUUGUUGUUGGUGUUUUUUGGCGCCAAAUUCCAUUUCUUCUAGAUUCUGGAAAGCAAAUUAUCAAAAAAAUGAGUUCAAAAGGAGCCUGGAAAAAGAAGGCCUCAUCAUCGUCUUCAUCACGAAGAAGGAGUGAUCCAUCGAGUUUGGAUGUAGAAGAAUCGGAUCAUAAAACAACAACUUCGCGGAAAAGAAAACAAUCAUCAAAUUCUGGGAAAAAAUCACUUAAUCUUGUGUGUAGUCAAUCGGAUGUAGAUUCAUCGAAUAGCCAAUAUGCCUCUUCCCCUUCACAAUUGUCAUCAAAUUCAUCUUCUAAUUCCUCUACAAGGAAAAAAUUAGAGAAAACAUCUCCCAGUGUAUCUUGCUGUGAUGAUGAAGAAAAACCAUCGAGACAGUGGAAAAAGAAAUCACCUUCAAAAUUUUCUAAAGUAAUAGAUGACGAAAGUGAGGAAGAAGAACCUGAAGAAUAUACCCCACCAAAAAAGAAAAAACAUACCAUUGUUAUUUCUGAUGAAGAUGAUGAAGAUAGUGUGAUGGAAACUAAAAAAGCAGUUAAAAAUCGAGUGACACCCACUGGAAUGAGUUGGUGUGAAAAGCAUGUUCCUACAGAUAUUUCAGAGAUAUGGAUAAAGCCUAAUGUUGUUUCGGAUUUUGAGGAUUGGAUUUGUAGUUAUCCCAAGGAUAUUUCUUUCAAGAAUAAGCCAUGUAUUGUCAUUGGGCCAGGAGGAUCUGGCAAAAGAACAAUGGUUUAUUUGAUGAUUAAGAAACAUUUUGGAUUUGGAAGAGUACAUAUCUAUCACCCAAACAAGAUCAACAAGGAUGAACAACAAGUUGAGGACAAUCAAAUGGGCGAAACAAAGAAUUGGAUUGAAGACCUUAACAAGGGUCCAAAUCCAAACUCUGUUAUUUCCAGUUUUAGAGAUUUCUUAAGAACAACCAUUGUUAAAAAGAGUCUCAAUUUAUCGAGUAAUAGUAACGAUUUAGAUAUUUCAUAUGUUCAAUCGCACACAAAUUCAGAUGUAAAGAAAACAUCUACCUCUCUUGGAGGAUAUAAUGUAGAUAUUAUAGUGAUCGAAGAGCUUCCACCUGUACAUACCAAGCAACAAAAAGAGAAACUGUUUCAAGCUUUACACUAUGGACUUUCAUUAUUACAAAAUUUGGAAAUUAACAAGAGGAAGAGAUUGGUUAAAUUUAUUGUGUUGCACGACCACACAAAUUCCUCUUCAUCCGAUUAUGAUCUCCUUGUAAAUUAUCCAAAAGAGUUUAGAGAAAGUUGUACUGUAGUCAAGAUUACAAAGCCACCAAAGACGAUUAUUACUCCCAUCUUGAAAAACAUAUCAAGAAAGGAGAAGUGCUUCAGCAAAGUUAGUGAAGAAGACUUUAAUAUCAUUGUUUCAGGAUCAAAUGGAGAUUUGAGACAUGCCAUCAAUCAAUUGGAAUAUUUCGUGUUGGGAGUGAAAAAUGGAAAGAUGGAUUUAUUUUCAUCUCCUGUAAAAUCAGACAAGUUAAAGAAAGUUGAAAAACAAGCAAAGAAGAUAGCUGAUUCAAUCAAAAAAAAAUCUAAGAAUAAGAAAGCUAAGGAACAACAAUCUAAAACUUUCAAUAUUCAUAUGGAUAUUGGUACAACCAUUCAUCACGCAGCAGCUAGAGUACUGUAUGGAAAAAGAGAUAAAAACACUGGAAUUUUGGAAUUUAAUUUGGAAAAGGAUGUACUCAAUGUUUACAAAUCCGAGAAAAAUAUUCCAGAGCAAACUUUAACAAAUUAUGUUCAAUCCAACUCUCCAUAUUUUUGUAAAGAUAUUACAGCAUUGAGCAAAUCACUAGAUGCCUUCUCCUUAUCAGAUAGUUCAUUUGGAAGAAAAAUGAGUAACACCUAUGAGGAUACACAACAAACUACCACUUUCAAUGAGUAUCAGUUUUUGACAACAAGUAGAGCAGUUCUUUACUAUCACCAAGGUCACAUACCUGAUGCUAAGGGUUUAAAGUCAGUUUUGGCACCCAAGUUAGUCAAGUCAGUAUUUAAAGAGCGAGAAGAAAAGCUUAAACAGCUAUUAUUACUUGUAAAAAAUCAGGAUAGUGACGAGUCAAUGGUGAAAAAGGCUUAUCUAGGUUUUUUACCUUUUGAAGAUGUUUCCACUUUUUCACAUUUAUUCAAUUUGAAAGAGACUCUUGCAGAUGUUUUACCCUAUUUAUUGAGUAUGCUACACAAGACAAGGUUGAAUAUUCCAAGUUAUUUGAAUAUUAACGAAAUGCACAGAUACCCUAAAUUCACCAAAAAUUCUCUUUCUAGUUCUGACGAUAUUGAGACUUGUGAUACUGAGGCCGACGAUAUUGCAUUGUCCAGAGCUCUAUCAAUCAAACAAGAUAUGAGCCAAUCUGUAGUAUCUUCACUCGUAAGCUAUCUCACUAUGGGAUUAACUAUGACAGACGACGCUCUCUUCCCUGUGCCACAAGAUGAUACUAUAGAAAGUGCCGAGGAAAUUGAAGAGGAUAAAAUUGAGGACGAAUUCGAUGAUGAGUUUUAUGCUGAGAUUUUAGAUAUCUUAGAAACUGAGGCUAAGGAAAAUUGUACAGAAUAA